AUGGCGCCCUUCUGGAAGAAACGCCCAAGCCCGGGUGGCGGCCGGGCGAUGGAAGAAGCUGGAUCACAUUCCACGCUGGAGUCAGAAAAGGAUUUCGCCGGGUUGGGAAUCCUGGAUAACGAUAACUCAGAUGCGAUAUCCCAAAAGAGCAAUUCAAGUCCAUCGCACCUCGAGAGGCCAUCAUCCGCUCGGAAUCCGAACCAGGCAUCAUCCCAUGCUCCCAUCGCUCCGUCGCCAUUAUAUCAUACAUCGUCGCAGUCGUCUAUGAAUGAGAGCAAUGCGAUUCCUACCCCACCGGAAGAAAGUUCCCAGAGGAAUUCUUCUUCAUCGGGCGACGAGGCACACAGCCAGCCAACUAACAGUAUGCUAGGUCCGGCGAAGGGCAAGAGGAGCACCAACACCCUGUAUUCUGCUCAACAGAUAUUAAGACAAAAGUCCGCGGUUGCUCUAUCCCCAGAGGAAAGCAUAUCGGGAGCUGAAGCGCCAAAGCAUCUACAGGAUUUAGGCCGUGAUUACUCACGAUAUCCUCCGUCAAGCUCGAGCGUGCGGCCCAACUCGAGAGCACCUAGCAAUGACCUCGCUAUUACGGCAGCAGAGGCCCCUCUGUUGGGCUCGGCAUCCGCCAACCCCUUCAGCGAUUCCAAGGCAGAGCUAGAGAAAUUCGAAUAUCCAGAUGACCGCAUUGGCGCUUUCGACCCAUACUACGGCGGGGAGAAGGGCUUCAUUUUAUAUGCCAAUGAGCUUGAGGCUGACGAUAAGCUUCACAUGCCAGCAGACGAUGACGACUUGGUUUACAAGACUAAAUUCUCCGACUACUUCGGCCGUCGACAAAUCGUGAGCACUUUAGGGGCCAUUCUCAUAGUCCUUGGCAUUCUCAGCCUUUUCGUAAUCUUGCCGGCCCUAACUUACGCUCGCAACAGUCUUUCACCUCCAAAAGGACCAACCGAAGAGGAUUUUGGUCCUGCUUGGGCCCGUGUCAACAACAACACUUAUCCAUUGAUGAAAAAUGUGCGGAGAGGGCUGAUUGACCCGGACACGCCAGACAGUGUAAAGACGAGGAAGAGUGCCUAUGGCGGAUCGGAUUUGAAAUUGGUCUUUAGCGACGAAUUCAGUCAGCCCAACAGGACCUUUUAUCCUGGGGAUGAUCCGUACUGGACCGGAGCUGAUAUUUGGUAUGGGGCAACGCAGGAUUUUGAGUGGUACGAUCCCGAUGCGAUUACAACUGGCGGUGGCACAUUGCAGUUAAGACUGGACGCUUUUCCCAACCAUGGGCUUCAAUACCGAUCGGGGAUGCUGAACAGCUGGAAUCAAUUAUGCUUCAAAGGCGGGGUUUUCGAGGUGUCAGUUUCCCUUGCGGGACCUGCAGGAGUUCCAGGAUUAUGGCCAGGAGUCUGGUCUAUGGGAAAUUUAGGGCGUCCGGGGUUCAAGGCAACUACAGAGGGUGUCUGGCCGUACACAUACGAUAAUUGCGAUGCUGGAAUCACGCCUAAUCAGUCCGUCUCUGACGGAUUGUCCUUUCUGCCCGGCCAGAAAUUAUCUUCUUGUACCUGCAACGGUGAGGAUCAUCCAAAUCCUGGAACAGGCCGAGGUGCUCCUGAAUUGGAUAUCCUGGAAGGGUCUGUAGAUCCGAUCAACAAAAUUGGAGUUGUCACCCAAAGUCUGCAAGUCGCGCCAUUUGACGUGUACUAUAGACCGAACUCAAACUUCCUAGCAAUUCCGAACUAUGAAACCACUCAAAUGAACGGAUACUGUGGAGGACCAUUCCAACAAGCCGUCAGUGCGACCAGUAUGCUGAACAAUGCAUGGUACGACGAGAAGGCAUAUCAAAAGUAUGCGUAUGAGUAUUAUCCUGGCACGUCGUCGACCGGCAAAAUUACCUGGUUUGUGGGCGAAGACCCUACAUUCCAGAUGGAUGGCAGGUCCAUUGGCCCAAAUGGCAACAUUGGCGCACGCCAAAUCCCUCAAGAGCCAAUGUCCAUGAUACUUAAUCUUGGGUUUAGUGCCUCGUGGACACAAAUUGACCAGCCGAACUUGAAGUUCCCAACCAUCAUGCACAUCGACUACGUCCGGAUUUACCAAAAGUCUGGCGAAGAAACCAUCACUUGUGAUCCGCCAGGGUACCCGACCACUCAGUACAUUAAGGAUCAUCCUGUUGCAUAUAGAAAUCCUAAUAUGACUGCUUGGAACGAAACAGGGUACGCAUGGCCGAAGAACACGUUGACGGGAUGUUGA